ACUUCAAGCGCACCAAGUCGCCUGCCGCUCCACUCCAAAACUCGAAUUCGAAUAUAUUGUAGUGGUAUUACGAUAUUACCCAAUAGUCGCCGGCCAUGAAUCUGCGGUACAUCUGCACUGUGACUGCGGUGCCAACGCUCUGCGUUUUGCUGGUGCUUCUUCUGGAAUUCGUGGAGGAGGGCCUGGCCCAAAGUUCCGAUCCCCUUUUCGAACUUCCCGUCCAGCUGGUCGGAUUCCCCGUGAUCGUGCUCUCCGUCCGCCUGUCCCAGUUCGCCAAGAAGCUGGCCUACUCCCUCAGUCCCAGUACAUAUAGAUCUCGCAGCAGAAGGGACACCGCUCACCCACUAUCCCUUGAUGCUGAGCUGGCCCAAAAGCAGAUCCAGUUCGAGUUCGGACCUCAGGCCUGCAUCCUCGAGGAGCCAUGCCGCGUUCAUGCUUCCCGCAAUCUGGGUUCCAGUGACCGCCGAUUUCCCGGCAAUGGAAAUGCAAAGCCACAUGCUGCCUGGUCGGAGGUCUUGAGGAACUACAAAGUGCAAUCGGGCGUCAGUGGGAUGAAGCAAUGGUACCUGCUAUCCCUGUUCAUCGGCGAUGCUGUGCGGGAUGUGCCGCUCUGCAAGCACCUGGCCAAAAGGAUGCCCUGUCCAGGAGUCGGACCCUUACCCCCGCCCCAACCGCGUUGAAGAUCUGCUCGAUUCCACCUCUUCAAAUUAGCGGAGGAGGAGCAUCCGGAUGGAGUCCACUUAGUCAGUCGCAUCGGACAUCUUUGUUAAUCAUCCAUCUUUCGGCACUCGCAUCCAGCAUCCGGCAUCCAUGUGCUGUCCUCGUGCACCCCAUCAUUUCGUUGUACUUUUAGUUGCUUUUAAGGGUUUUAAUUUAAACGAACGCCCGCCAACAGACGUAGGCGCUUAGAUUUAUGAGUAAGCAAAUAAAUAAACAAACCAGCUGGAAAAAAUCAACCAAAA